CUUUUUUCUCACUCUAAUAAACAAAAACCAAGAGUUUAUCUGUAUAUACCCUUUCUCUUUUGUUUACCCCUACUUCUUCAAAUAAAAUCCUGAAAAAAAAUAAGAGAGAUACGGCUAAAAGAAAUGAAUGGCUUAUUAUCUUCAGUAACACCUUCCGCAAGUGUUUCAACCAAUUCCAUCUUGACAACCGGUGGUCAAGCGCAACCAUCACAAAAUUUUUACAUGCCCGAGAAAGAUGAGAUUUGGUCUGGUAUAUUGAAGGGUGUAGCUUCUUCAAAAAUGGUACCCACCAAGAAUGUUUUAAUAUUAGGUGAGCCUGGUGUAGGUAAAUCAACUUUGGUCCAUUAUUUAAAAAACGAUCCUGGACCACAACAAACACCUAAGUUUGACGCUGAAGAUGCCACACCGUUCAAUGUCAGUGCCAGUAACAAUUAUACCCAUUCCACACAACAAUUCAAUGAAGAAAAAAAUGACUUGGCUUUAGGUUACACCUUUGUCGACGUCAAAGAUGAAGAGAAUGAAGCUAUUGCUAGACUGGGAUUAUACAAACUUGGUUUGUCUUCACCCGAGUUUUUACCUUUAUUAAAGUUUGCCAUCCGAUCCGAAUCCAUAUCCAACUCUUGUGUUUUAAUUUUGAUUGAUUGGACGCGUCCCUGGAAAUUUCUGGAAACGUUAGAACGUUGGAUUCAUGUGUUGCACCAUUUAAUCAACGAGAUUUGUAAAGAAGGAAUGGCAGCAGAAACCACCUGGACAAAAGGAAAAGCUGUGGUGGAUGAACUCAGAGAAAAGUUGGAGCUUUAUUUACAAACUUAUACUGAACCAGCCAACAACAAAGGUUUACCGCUAACCGCUUCCACUUCUUCCAGCUCUAUACCACCCAACACUACCCCCGCAGCAAGCACCACUACCACAAAUUCUUUUGUUUCAACUCCUACUACUGUAAAUACCUCUUCCUCUUUGGCUGCCGACCAAGUCGUCUUACCUCUCUCUCGAGGCUGCUUGACCAACAAUCUUGGAAUACCUAUUACUAUAGUCUGUUGCAAGAGUGAUGCAUUAAAUACCCUAGAACAAACGCAUGACUUCAAAGAUGAUCAAUUUGAUUUUAUUCAACAAACGCUUCGAUGCAUUUGUAUGAAGUAUGGCGCAGCAUUAUUUUAUACCUCAACUCUUCACCCCCAUACAUACCAUCAUCUUCGUGAAUAUAUCUUACAUCGUGUGUUAACCACACCUACCAAAUCAUACCCGUUUCAUAUCAAAGCUCAGGUCAUUGAACGUGAUACUGUCUUUGUCCCCUCUGGCUGGGAUUCAUGGGGAAAAAUUAAGGUUCUGCGAGAAGGAUUUGACUGUGAAAGUGUCAGCGAUGGUUGGGAUGCCGAUAUGGAUGCCUUAGGGGAUAGACAGUCCCCAGGUACUUCAGGCGCAAGAGGAGCCUAUGAAGAGUCUAUACCCAAUGGCGACUCUGAAGUUCAGCCUCAGCAUAUUCCUGUCACCACCAUUUGUGAAGACGAGCAAUCAUUCUUUGAACGCCAUUUUGAAACACUUCAAAAGGCGCAUGAAACCUCAGGACGUCCAAGCACGGGAACUGAGCAACCUGCCAAACCGGGUACGACAGAUCCUAGUCGACUGUCUUCCAAUGCUCUUGAUAUGAUGCGUAUCAGCAUAGCCAAAAAUAACGAACGACAAGUUGGACGCAGUAAAAGAGUCCCUUCACCUGAUAAAAAUCGUAGUGUGAAUUCGACAUCCAGUAAUGUUCCUACAAAUGCAGGCUCUACGACGCCAUCGUUUCCCCCAGGAUUUAUCAACAAUAUGCCUCCUGGACAAACAGGGCCCUCCAAUGAGAUCAUCGCUGAUUUCUUUAAUAAACUUUUGUACAAGAAUUCUUCAGGCAAUGCUUCUCCUACAGGUAGUGCUUCCCCUGGGGCGUCAUUUAUGAAUGGUCUUGGUCGUCAACCCAAUGGACGUAGUGAGGAUCCUACCCCUUCUUAUCGAAGACCGGCUGUUCCUAGGAAAGAGGUAGCUAGAGAGACAGAUCGGAUAAAAUAAAUAUAUAUCCUAAAAAAAAGAAAAAAAAAAUUAAAUUAUAUCAAAAUAAAAAGUGUGACAAUGCAAUGAGGAUAUAUAUAAAGACUGCCAAGUGCAAUGCAUGAUGACAGCUGGGGAAAUCGGGAAUAAAUCCAAAAAAAGAGUGUGCAAGGAUAAUAUACAUGCAAGCUAUUAUGUAAAUAAAUAGAUAAAUAGUGACUCUUCUGAAUUACAUCAAGUUUGUUUAUGUGUGCGUGCG